AUACCGUUUGAAUAACAUGAUCAUGGAAACUAAUGGGACAAACGUAACUAUGAACAUCACGAUGAAAAUAUUUUCUGGGAUGGUUCAAGGAAUAUCUCAACUUGUUGACCCCAGUCGUAUGAUUGGAUACAGUCGGGCGGGUAUGGUUUGUACACCUAACACGGAGUUCACUAAUGACUCAUUUGAAGUCACUCUUCCUGUCGACGCUGACUUUGGAGAAAUAUUUACGAUGUGUGUGCAACUAACCGUUGGGGACUGUAUGGAAAUGGCAUCGAGAAAUUUUAUAAUUCCCGGUCAAAACAUCACUUUACAGAAUGGAGGAAUAGUGUUGGAUACUAGCUUCACUGCCAUCGUGAACCUACCAUUAACUGAGUAUCGACCAGACCAGCUACAAAUUAUCAUCUCUUUAACCCCAAUGACACUGCACCAGUGGUAG